GAUUUUCAAAACAAAAAACGGAAUCAGUUCGUAAAAAGUCCUCAAGCGUCCACGAUCAACCGUGAGUUAUUCUUAAUAUUAUAAAUUAGGAAUAAAACUGCCACGCUGCGUAAAUCAGUGAUCAACGUUAUGAAAAUAAAAUUGCCACGGGACCGAUUUCCGUCAACGUCUUCUAAUGAAGACCUUGAUACUAGUAAUGAUUGGGGGGACGUUCGUCCACUGGCGAUGAUGCCCCGACUGCCCCCACCUCAUCCACCUCAGAGUAUCGUCGUGGGGGCAGUAAGGAAGAGAAGAGGUAACCUCCCAAAGAAUUCUGUCCGUAUCUUAAAGAGGUGGUUAUAUGAACACCGAUACAAUGCGUAUCCAAGUGAUACUGAGAAGUUUGCUCUUAGUCAAGAGGCCAAUUUGACAGUUUUGCAGGUAUGCAACUGGUUUAUAAACGCACGUCGCCGUAUUUUACCCGAGAUGAUAAGACGCGAAGGUCAUGACCCUUUACACUAUACGAUAUCACGUAGAGGUCGGAAACAGCUUCACAGCAUGGGACCAAUUGUGGGGCCCAUGGGGCCCAUGGUAGGAUAUCCUUCUACUUCGGGGUUCGGCAUUCCACCUGGUAAUAUUAUGGUACCUUGGAAUGGAGUCGAAGUUCAGAAUAUCAUCGAUCCAAGUCGUCCAAACGAUUAUGGAGACGGUCUCUUAGUAUACCGCGAUGAACCGGAGCUGGGGGAUGGCGAGGAAGACUACUCCAGUACCAUUAGUGAGGAAGAGGUGAAAUACGACCCCUCAGUGUGGCAAAGCGUAAUACGUUAUGGGCCCGAGGACAGGGAUUUGAAGGUUGACAAGAGUCCAGUAGUAAUGGCAGUAACUACUGAUGAUGUACCAGAGCUGAGCGAGAGUACAGUUUGGACCCAGCUCACUCCGAUACAACCUCGUCGGCAGGUGAGCCCUCCACCGCCACCUGUUGCCGUGGAACUAGAAGUCGCUACCACUGAUAUGUGGUGUCACACUUAGGAAUUAAAAUUUAGUAUAGUUUAAUUUAUCAGAUCAAAAACCUGUUGCCAUUUAUCAUAGGCCCAGACAAUUCAAAAUUUCAUAAGCGCCAUAGAAAUGUUAAACUUUUGAAAGAUAUUAGGUUCUCUUAUGCUAAUAAAGAAUAAAGAUUAGUGGAAGGAAUUAUGUGCAGAUGGCGUCGGUGUUAAAACUAAGUUGAAUUGCAGACCCAAUUUGUAACUUAGUUUCAAUAAAAAGAUUUUGGUUCUGUCGAAGUUGUUUAGUUUGAUUUAAUAAACGAUUCU